CUCCUCAAACAAAUGAUCAACCUGAAGAACAAGGUAACAUAUAAGAUUACAAACCUAUUAAAUGUAUUCAUAAUUUUUAAUUAUAUUUCUUUUAUUUUCUUAUAGCUGGAGAUGUUUCCAGUCCAAAUAAAAGAGGUAGAAUGCAUAUGCAUGAUGUUCAUGCCUGAAAGAACGUAAGUUGAUCAUAUUGAAUAGUCAAAAUCAACCUGUUGGUCCUACAGAUGAUGUUGUCAUAGAGCUAAGUAGCUUCCUAGGAACAUUGGCUAGAAAUGCGACUCUUUGCCCAUUUGAUAUAUUGGAUUGGAGGAGCAUGGACACUAAAAAGGAUUUGUGGGAUUAUACCAAGGGGAAAUAUAUUAUUCCUGAAGUUGCGUACCAUUGGGCUAUGGUAACAAUUCGAGAUGCUUGGAGAAGACAUAGAAGUGAUUUGAAGCUUAAUUAUUACGAUCCAUAUGAAAAUGAUGCAGUUCGAAUGGCAAAAAAGCCUGGUCAUAUUCCAGAAUGUCAAUUUAGAGAGCUACUCAAAUAUUGGAAUUCUGAAAAAUUCAAGAAAAUGUCUGAAACAAAUGCAAAGAAUCGAAAAAAAACUGAUGAAUCCACACACUGCUGGCAAAAAGAGUUUCGCUUUAGUUCGUAAUAAGCUGGAGAAAGAUAAGGAGACAGUAUCAUCGAAGGAUCUCUUUGUGGUUACAAGAACAAGAAAACCUGGGCGAUCGUACAAGGCCUCAAAUGAAGAUACUACUAGUAAAAUUGCUGAAAUGGAGCAAAUUGAAAAACAAAUAAGCAUAAAUGGUGAGUAUGUUGAUGCAUUUUCAAGCGUCAUGGGUCCUGAACAUCCGGGACGUCUAAGACUAUAUGGCGCAGGAGUUACAAAGACUACUUUGAAAAAAAAAGUUGGCAAUUGGGAAUCAACUUUAAGUGCAACAACUGAUGGAAUGCAGCAAAUGCAAGAGAGGAUGCAGAAAAUGGAGAAACAAAUGGAGGAACAAAAGAAAAUUGUGCGACAAGAAGUUAUUGCAGAUGUUAUUGCACAACUUAAGCAUGCGGGAUUAAUUGAUCCUAACAUAUUGGCAGCAUUGUUGACUCCUUCACCAAGAGAAUCUACUUCUGUUCAAGGGGCUAAACAAGGUGACGAAAUCGAAGAAGGCAAUGAAAGCAAUAGUGAAGACUUGACAUAGGAGCUGAAGUAUAUAUUGAUGUAAACUUUAUUGAUGUUCUAGAAAUCAUAUAUUUUUGAAGAUUGAAAAUUUUAUGGCAUGUGUUUCACCUU